GAAACUGUUCUUUGUACUAUGCACUGCGAUAGAAACACAGUUGCCUCUCCCCUUUCAGUAGUUUUCAUCUGUGGUGAGAUUCUCUCCCAGGACACAAGACAUUUCCUCCUCCGAACCUUGUUUACUAAUUGGCUGGGCUCUCGCCCUUGUUUGCUGUGCACCAUCUGGAGCCUGCAUCACGCAUGGCCUCAGCCAGCCGGGAAGCAGAGAGCGUGGUGACGGGGCCGCUAGUGAGCUCCUCCUGUGUACCAGGCCCCGAGCUAAGGUUUUGAGAAACCUCGGUGAACUUGGCCCACAAAAUUCCCUGCCUUUGUGGAGCUUACCCUCAGUGUUGGGGAUUUGGGACUUACUUUUCCCAAAGUCAAGCUAAUUAUUGUAAAAGGGUCCACUGCUUUUAAGACCCAGCACUGAAAAUGCAAUCUCAGGCGCCGGUGGUCGUUGUGACCCAACCUGGAGUCGGUCUGGCACCCCAGAACUCCAACUGGCAGACAAGCAUGUGUGACUGCUUCAGCGACUGCGGAGUCUGUCUCUGUGGCACAUUUUGUUUCCCAUGCCUUGGGUGUCAAGUUGCAGCUGAUAUGAAUGAAUGCUGUCUGUGUGGAACGAGCGUCGCAAUGAGGACUCUCUACAGGACCCGAUAUGGCAUCCCUGGAUCUAUUUGUGACGACUAUAUGGUAACCCUUUGCUGUCCUCAUUGUUCUCUUUGCCAAAUCAAGAGAGAUAUCAACAGAAGGAGAGCCAUGCGUACUUUCUAAAAACUGAUGGUGAAAAGCUCUUACCGAAGCAACAAAAAUCAGUAGACACCUCUUCAGCUUGAGUUCUUCACCAUCUUUUGCAACUGAAAUAUGAUGGAUAUGUUUAAGUACAACUGAUGGCAUGGAAAAACUCAAAUUUUUGAUUUGUUAUAAAUGAAUGUUGUCCCUGAGCUUAGCUAAAUGGUGCAACUUAGUUUCUCCUUGCUUUCAUAUUAUCGAACUUCCUGGCUUAUGAACUUUUAAAAUUACAUUUGAAAUAUAAACCAAAUAAAAGAUUUUACUGACAA